CUGAGAGAUAGAGAGCGAGUUCACCUCCGACUUAUUUACCUCACAGCGGGCGAUAAACUAAGUGAAACAAGCAAUUUAGAAAGCCACGGAUUUAACGGGUGGGCGGGGAAUUUCAGUGCAAAGAAGACGUCGUUUUAUGGAUUUUUUCCCUGUCAGAUGGGAAUGUAGCUUAGCUGGUUAGCCUGGUCACUAGCAGUAGCGGGCUAGCGCUCCGUGGAGGCGACAAAAGUGAACUUUCUCACGUUAUAACGACAUAAAACCUCAAUGUUCGCCUCAGAUUUUCCAAAGACGCGUUUGUAAAGACCGUUGCAAGACUCGCCGUCACAGAAAUACCGAUUCGGGACUGUUUCCGAGGGGAAUUUCUCGCUUUAGCUGGAUGAUUAGCUGGCCGGCACGUCUGUCAACCAAACCUAAAAUCCGGACGGGAUAGUUUGAUUUACACACCUGCCCUUCGGGUCUUGAACGGCCUCCUUUGGUAUACGAGCUUCUAGGAAGGUGGUUUCAGGUGGGAUUCGAACCAACAACUAGUGGGGAGACACUCGUUUCGGUUCUGAACCGGUUCGAGGGCACUUUUCCCCCCUUCCCCAAGCACAUUAAGAGUCUUCUGAAGUUUGUGUACUGCGAGCCGGGGACGGAACCGGACAGAGACCUCAUGAAUGGAAAUCGGAACUACAGGAGCCGUUGGGGCCCAGUCCCUGUUCUCCGUGCCGCGGAGACCUGGCUAUGGCACCAUGGGGAAGCCCAUCAAGCUGCUGGCCAACUGCUUUCAGGUCGAGAUCCCCAAGAUGGACGUGUACCUGUAUGAGGUCGACAUCAAGCCUGAGAAGUGUCCCCGCCGAGUGAAUAGGGAGGUUGUGGACUCCAUGGUACAGCAUUUUAAGGUCACCAUCUUUGGGGAUCGAAGGCCAGUUUAUGAUGGAAAGAGAAGUCUCUACACAGCCAACCCAUUACCUGUGGCACCCACUGGCGUGGACCUGGAUGUUACGCUGCCAGGUGAGGGGGGCAAAGACCGACCCUUUAAGGUCAGCAUUAAAUUUGUAUCCCUGGUGAGCUGGCACCUGUUGCACGAGGUACUAACUGGUCGCAGUAUGCCGGAGCCGCUGGAGCUGGACAAGCCAAUCAGCACUAACCCAGUUCAUGCUGUGGAUGUGGUACUACGACACCUACCAUCAAUGAAAUACACACCCGUGGGGCGUUCAUUCUUUUCUGCCCCGGAGGGCUAUGACCAUCCUCUGGGUGGAGGCAGAGAGGUGUGGUUCGGCUUUCACCAGUCUGUUCGGCCAGCCAUGUGGAAGAUGAUGCUCAACAUUGAUGUAUCAGCCACAGCUUUCUACAAAGCACAGCCAGUGAUUCAGUUCAUGUGUGAGGUACUGGACAUCCACAAUAUUGACGAGCAGCCUCGACCCCUCACAGACUCCCAUCGAGUCAAAUUCACCAAAGAAAUCAAAGGUCUGAAAGUGGAGGUGACGCACUGUGGAACCAUGCGGAGGAAGUACCGUGUCUGCAAUGUGACCCGCCGCCCUGCCAGCCACCAAACGUUCCCCUUGCAGUUGGAGAACGGUCAAACUGUAGAACGAACUGUAGCUCAGUAUUUCAGAGAAAAGUACAACCUGCAGCUCAAAUACCCCCACCUGCCCUGCCUACAGGUGGGACAGGAGCAGAAGCACACUUACUUGCCCCUGGAGGUGUGUAAUAUUGUAGCAGGACAGCGGUGCAUCAAGAAACUUACAGAUAAUCAAACAUCCACCAUGAUCAAAGCCACGGCGCGCUCGGCACCAGACAGACAGGAGGAGAUCAGCAGACUGGUGCGCAGUGCUAAUUAUGAAGCAGACCCGUUUGUACAGGAGUUCCAAUUUAAGGUGCGAGACGAGAUGGCCCACGUGACAGGGCGUGUGUUACCUGCGCCCAUGUUGCAGUACGGGGGCAGGAAUCGCACUGUGGCCACACCCAGUCAUGGCGUCUGGGACAUGCGAGGGAAACAAUUCCAUACUGGAGUGGAGAUCAAGAUGUGGGCCAUCGCCUGCUUCGCCACACAGAGACAGUGCAGAGAAGAGAUACUCAAGGGUUUCACAGACCAGCUGCGCAAGAUCUCAAAGGACGCUGGGAUGCCCAUCCAGGGCCAGCCAUGUUUCUGUAAGUAUGCACAGGGAGCAGACAGCGUGGAGCCCAUGUUCAGACAUUUGAAGAACACUUACUCUGGCCUUCAGCUCAUCAUCGUUAUUCUGCCCGGAAAAACACCCGUCUAUGCGGAAGUGAAGCGUGUUGGAGACACUCUUCUUGGAAUGGCCACUCAGUGUGUGCAGGUGAAAAACGUGGUAAAAACGUCCCCUCAGACGCUCUCUAACCUCUGCCUCAAAAUCAACGUCAAACUGGGCGGCAUCAAUAACAUCCUGGUGCCACAUCAACGACCAUCAGUGUUCCAGCAGCCAGUCAUAUUUCUGGGUGCAGAUGUCACUCAUCCACCUGCAGGAGACGGGAAGAAGCCUUCCAUAGCAGCGGUGGUGGGGAGUAUGGAUGCUCAUCCGAGCAGGUACUGUGCCACAGUUCGUGUCCAGAGGCCCAGACAGGAAGUAAUUCAGGAUUUGGCCUCUAUGGUGCGAGAAUUACUCAUCCAGUUCUACAAGUCCACUCGCUACAAACCCACCAGAAUCAUCUUCUACAGGGACGGCGUGUCAGAGGGACAGUUUAGACAGGUGUUGUACUACGAGUUGCUGGCCAUUCGAGAAGCUUGUAUCAGUCUUGAGAAGGAGUACCAGCCCGGCAUCACGUACAUAGUGGUGCAGAAACGCCACCAUACACGACUCUUCUGUGCCGAUCGCAAUGAGAGGGUGGGUCGUAGUGGAAACAUUCCUGCUGGUACAACGGUUGACACCGAUAUCACACACCCCUAUGAGUUUGACUUUUACCUCUGCAGUCAUGCUGGAAUACAGGGCACCAGCCGACCCUCUCACUACCACGUCCUGUGGGAUGAUAACUGCUUCACUGCUGACGAGUUCCAGCUGCUCACUUACCAGUUGUGCCACACAUAUGUGCGCUGUACUCGCUCCGUCUCCAUCCCUGCACCAGCAUACUAUGCCCACCUGGUGGCCUUCCGUGCCCGCUACCAUUUAGUGGACAAAGAACACGACAGCGCUGAGGGUAGCCACGUCUCCGGGCAGAGUAAUGGCCGGGAUCCCCAGGUGCUCGCCAAAGCUGUGCAGAUUCACCAUGACACCCUGAGGACCAUGUACUUUGCCUGAGCCAGCCCACGUUAACCCCAUAUUCAACCAGUCAUGCACUCAAACCCAACAACCACAUACACGGUCACAUCUCCCUCAAGUCUGUGCGUCCUGAAGGGUCGGUCUCUGUGGUGAUGGAAGUACCGCCCACCCCGCCCAGAAAAUCUGGACCUGACACUGUGCAGCAGGAAAAGACAGGGCCUGCACGCUGGCCUUAGGAAGCAGACCUGCUUUAAUUCCUCAUGUGGACCUCAGAACUGUUAUGCAAUAUAAAACC